GUCGCUAUGGAGACGGGCCGACGCUGAGCUGGCAGCAGCGGCUGCAGCAUGUUCCCUAAGUCCGGAGCCUCAGCCUCCAAAGCCAAGGCCCACCACCCCGCAGCAAAGCACCACCAUCACUCCGGCCAGAAGGUCCGGAUCCCCCCGCAUGCCAACGCGGAGGCCAUCACCUUCCUCCGCUCCCUCCAGCUGGAGGAGCUGCAGAAGGCGGUGUUCUCCGAGACGCUGACCAUGUUCUCGGACAUCGGGGAGCCACAGGGCGAGCUGACCAUCGACGUGCAGCGCAGCCGGUGCUCCGACGAGGUGGGCAUCCUGACCUACUGCCUCUUCGUGCACGCCUUCAGCCGCAGCGUGGUCGACCAGGUCCUCUGUGCCAACACCGUCCAGGGCAACCUCUCUGCCCAACUGGAGGUGAUUGAACAGCACAGUCAGGAAUUCAUCAAGUUCCAGACCAUCCCCAUGGAGCGGAAGGUGGACUUGCUGAAGCGGGAUAACCAGCUGACCAUGACCAGAUACAUGAAGGAGGAUGAGGACAUAAAGGUGGAGGUGACCACCUUCCCCUGUGACACCAUUGCUGGCUUUGUCUCUGAGACUGCCAACCUGGUACUGCUGAGGGUCAUGGCUUGGCGGCAGACGGUGCCCAGGAACGCCCGCUUCCUGGCCCUGGACACAGAUGGCAGACUCAGCUACAGCACCUACCAAGCCCUGGGCUCCCAGACCAUCCAGGUGGACCACCACGAGGCAGAGGUGUUCAUCGUGGAGCAGACCGUGCACUCAGAGGACGGCAUCCCUGUGUCCUGCCAAUUCUACCUGCUCCCGGAUGGGCACCUGGCCAAGAGAGUGCAGGUGGGCUCCCCCGGGUGCUGCGUGCUCACCACUUUGCCCGCCUUGAGGGAGGAGGAUGAGAUGGAGUCUCGCCCGGUGUUUGAGAAGAAGCCCCUGAAGUGGGAGGAGGAUGUUGAGUUCUACUCGAAAUUCUUGGACCGGAAGGAGGAGCUGCGGCUCAGCCACUCGAGCUACAAGCGGCAGCACCCGGAGGCCCAGGCACUCAUGUCCGACUUCCUGCUGUUUCUGCUGCUGCGCCAGCCGGCCGACGUGGUCACCUUCGCCGCCGAGUUCUUCGGCCCCUUUGCUCAGCGCCACCCGCCCACACCGUCCCUGCGCUCCUCGCACCGGCCCAGCCCCUUCCGCCCGCUAGAACCCGAGCCGGAGCCAGAGCCCGAGCCCAAACCCGAGUCCGACCCGCCCAGCGGCUAGCCCGCCCUGGCCCGGGUGGGCUGCGGUCUCCCAGCAAUAGAUGAGAGGCUCUCCUGGAGAUCCUGCACUCCCUGGCCAGAGUGGUCAGGAGCCUUAGCCGCCUUUACCGUGCCCUGCCUUUCCAGAUGUGAUUUUUGUCACUC